CUUAGGAUGGAAAGUCAUGCCAAUUCCAGCUAUCUCAACGCUUCCCAUCUCUUUCCACCCUCCCAUGUUGGCGAGUACUCGCCAGCCGCCGUGGCUAGCCUCUCCGCGCUGGUGGGCGUCCUAAUCCUCUUCACCGUGGUGGGCAACGUUCUGGUGACCAUCGCCGUGUUCACCAGCAGAGCCUUGCGCCCUCCCCAGAACCUGUUCUUGGUGUCCCUGGCCGGCGCCGACAUCCUAGUGGCUACCUUGGUCAUACCCUUCUCGUUGGCCAACGAGCUGAUGGGCUACUGGUACUUCGGCACCGUGUGGUGCGAUAUCUACCUGGCUCUGGACGUCUUGUUCUGCACCUCAUCCAUCGUUCACCUGUGCGCUAUCAGCCUAGAUAGGUACUGGUCCAUCAUCAAGGCGGUGGAAUAUAACCUCAAGAGGACUCCUCGUAGGAUCAAGGGGGCGAUAGUCAGUGUGUGGCUGAUCUCGGCCCUUAUCUCCUUCCCACCCUUGUUGUCUAUGGAUAGGGCCAUCGAGGAGGACCAGACCUACCCUACCUGCCAACUGAACGACGACACCUGGUACAUCCUCCUGUCUUGCGUGGCUUCUUUCUUCGCCCCUUGCGUUAUCAUGGUCCUGGUGUACAUCCGGAUCUACCAGGUGGCCAGAAACAGGACCAGGAGCAUGUCGGUGAAGAGGAACGUCCCCGAGGGCUCGUCCCAGACCGAGGACCCUCCGAGCAGAGGGACAUCUCUCAGGGCGCAGAACGGUCACUGCGCCCCGGGGAGCUGGGGACAUCACGAGGAGCCUGUGGACAUUGAAGUGGACGAGAGUUCCACCUCGGAGGAGAAAGGACGUCGGAAACAGGCGGCCAAGAAGGACUCUUUCUCCCAGCGCUCCAGCCGCCUGUCCCGGUCGAGCAGCCGGUCAUUCGUAGUGUUUUCCACCCGCAGGAGGAGACGGGGCAGUCGCUCGUCCAGGAACAAAGCCUCUCAGGCCAGGGAGAAGCGGUUCACCUUUGUCCUGGCCGUGGUGAUCGGGGUGUUCGUUGUGUGCUGGUUCCCCUUCUUUUUCAGCUACAGUCUGUACGGCAUCUGCCGGGAGUCCUGCCAAGUGCCCGAAACACUCUUCAAAUUCUUCUUCUGGAUCGGUUACUGCAACAGUUCUCUCAACCCUGUCAUCUACACCAUCUUCAACCAGGACUUCAGGAGAGCGUUUAAAAAGAUCAUCUGCCAAGCGGGGAAAAGGCACUUUUAACGCAUGGUGUGCCAUUCUAAACCACUGACUGCUGGACUGCAUCUGACAAUACAUUGUAUAUAGUAUUAUGUGUACGAACCAGAUACAUUGUGUGUGUAUGUGUGUGCUAUAUGUGUGUGCAAUAUGCUGUGAAUCCGCUACAGAAAUACGUAAAUAUACUUUUUUAAAUUUGGUUGUAUUUUCAUUUUUAAAUAGAUAUUCUUAUUGUUAAUUAUGAUAAAGAUUUGGUUUUAACAGAAUCGCCUGUUAUAUAUACAUAUAUCAAUCCACAGGAUCUCCUGUUUUUGUCUGGUAUUUUGUAGUUAUUUUGUUAUA